AUGAGCAAGUUCGAAGUCCGUCCUCAUUUCCAGCUUGCCCCUACCAAAAACCGACAGCUUUCCACUAACAUGAAACGGCGCUCUCUGCAGCUCCCCUCCUCCAACGCCACGUCAGAACCCUCAACGCCGGACCCCGAGGUGCACAUCUCGACGGGCGGCCUCAUCUCCGACUCGGACGACGACGCGGACCUGCCGUACCCGGCGCCGCUGCCGCGCAGCGCCUUCACGGUGCCGGCGGAGCAGUUCUCGGCGGCGCAGUACCUGUCGACGCUGUCGCACCGGCACCAGACGCUGGCGGACCUGCGGUCGGACCUGCGCGCGCGCAGCGGCCUCAUCAGCCGCGAGCUGCUCGACCUCGUCAACGCCAACUACGCCGACUUCCUGAGCCUGGGCCAGGCGCUGCACGGCGGCGAGGACAAGGUCGAGGAGGUGCGCGUCGGCCUGCUCGGCCUGCGCAAGGCCGUCGGCGAGGUGCGCGGCGCCGUCGCGGGCAGGGAGGAAGAGGUGCGCCGCCUGGUCGAGGAGCGCGAGGCCGUCAGGAGGCAGCGCGCCGUCGCGAGGGCGCUGCUGGAGGUCGAGAGGAGGGUGGGCGAGCUGGAGGCUGCGCUGGUCGUCGGGCAGCAGGGGCCCGCGAAGGGGCAGGGAGAGAGCACGGAGAGCAGCGAUGAGGAGGACGAUGAUGACGAUGAGGAGAGCGACGAGGAGGAAGAGGAGAGCUUGGGGAGCAGCGUCUCGUUAGGGAAGCUGAGGAGACUGGCGAGGCAGUACCUGAGCGUGCGCCAGACCGCGGGACGGAUUGGCAAAGAACACCCGUUCUUGGUCGCGCAGGAGCCUCGUUUGACGAAGAUUCGGAAUACCCUGCUGCUGGACCUUGGAGCGGAGCUGAAAUCGGCAAAGGCCGCGGGCCCGCAAGGCAAGAAUAGAGUGCUCAAAGUCAUGAGCAUCUACGCAGAAAUGGACGAAGGCAUCGAGGCUGUCAAGGUCCUGAAGGGAGGCUCUUGA